GUCUAGAAGAAACCACGAAAAUAUAAUUCCCGAAGCCGAAUCAGGCCAGCAAAUAAACGAAACAAAUCGAGCAGCUUGAUAAUGGCAGCAGCUCCCACAAAAAGGAAAUGAAAUCAAAUCGCACAGUCGCUGUAAAUAAAAACCAAUGUUAAUUAAAAGCGAGAGGGAACAGCAACGUUGAGUUGGCUUUAAAACCCAUUUAUGCCAUGGGGCUAUAAGCGCUGUACUACACAUAAGUAAAUCACGCGGAGCUACGGAGCAACAUGUAGUUCGUGAAACCAUGUUGCACUCGAUAUAAGAACGAUUUCGAUAUACAAUGUCAAUGGCUAUUUACAUGGUGCAUGAAAAAUGGCCAUUUGUUUUCAAUCAAAUUGAAGCGCACACAGAAUGGACAGCAACAACAACAGCUACAACAGCAAUGCAGCAAAAACAAAAAUGACUUAAAGCCGCUUAAAAGUGCAAAACAAACGAAAAAGGCAACGUAAAACGAAACUCAGGCGCAAACAAAAACAAAAGCCGCAGCAGCAUAAAUUCCAGCAGGCACACGACCAACACGGCGUAUGCGUGAUUAAUUGCACUUUAAAUACAAACAAGAAGGACGCGCAAGGACGACAACACUGACAAAAUGUUGCCCACAAAUGUGAUGACGUUCAUGAAAAAGAUGGUGGCCACCGAUGAACAGGCCAACCAGGGGCAUCAGCAUUCAACCGAUUCUGGCAGUGGCGCCUCAAACACGGGCGCUUUAAACAAGAUGAAGGCAACGCUCUCCUCAUCGCUGCUAACCGUGACAGACAAAGUUAAUAAAAUGUCGCCACGCCCCUCUCUGGUGCCAACGGAUGCGGACACCAGCGGCAGCUAUGGCUCGCCCAGCUAUCAGCAGCAACAACAGCAACAGCAGCAGCAGCAGGAGGCCAGCAGCAAUCUGAACAACAACAAUAACAGUACCGGUGGCGGUGGCAGUGGUGGCGCCGCCGCCAAACAGGAGCCCGGACGCCGAGCGGGGGCGUGCCGGGUGUGCCUCAAGUCCUUCAAGCCGGACGACUACCACAAGACGUGCUUCGAGUGCCAGCAGCGUGUGUGCGAGGAUUGCGCCAGCUACAGCAAGCUAGACGAUCAUGAGGACGCGAACAUGUGGCGCUGCAGCGUUUGCCGCCGCAAGAUGGCCUCGCGCGUCUGUAUACCACAGGACUCGACAGAUUCCACGCUGGACGUGCCCGUGCUGGAGGCACUGCAGCGUCGACACUCGGACGCCAAGCUGGGCAGCAGCACACAGACGCUGGCGCCGAGCAAUGGCGCCGCCUUGGCACCGCCGCGCAGUCCAGAGCUGCGUCGCCAUUCAGAUGUUUCACCUGCAUCACUGAAGGAGCUGGAGCGCCAGCUAAAAGGUGGACGCAGCAUGGCGCCCAGCCGUUCGAAUAGCCCGCCGCGCGGCAGCGAAUUGGAGCCCGCAUUUGGCGCGCCCCUCUCGCGGAUGCAGUCGCGGCGCGGCUCACGUGUCUCGCGCCAGCACAGCUACGAUGAUGACGUGAAGACGGGCGGCGUGGGCGGCAGCAUGGGUGGGGGCGGGCCCGCGCUGGGCGUGGGCGCUGAUGGUGCUGGCCUGGGCAUACCAACCAUGCCGCGCAGGAAAUCGGCCUACGAUGUGUUUGCCCCGGGACUGAUGCAGGGUGCGGCAACAGCAGCCACACAACAGCAGCGUUCACCGUGUGAUGGCGGCGGUGGCAUAAUGCCGUCUGUGCAGCUGCCGGGCUCGCGCCGUCCCUCGUUUCGUGUGCCGCAUCCCUCGGAGGAUAUGCAGAACGAUGAGUCGCCCGGCUCGCCGGAUAAGGGCAGCCCAGUGCUCACUGUGGACGAUGAUCGACGCAUGCGGCGACGCGGCUCACAGCUGCCGGACAUUGCGGCGCUGCAGAAUCGCGGCGCGUUGCCAACGGGUCUGACCUGCGCGAUACCGGCGCCAAUGGCCUCGUUUACGGGUCCCAAUUUGGAGGAUUUGGAGGCACCACGACGGCAAACUUCCAUGGAUGGCGAAGCCAUACGUAUUGUCAUACAUGAUGUUGAUUCCGGUCCGAUAUGUGCAUCAAAGCGUCGCAUUGUCCUGCGCCGGGACCCCACGGACAAGGCACAUCGCACACGAGGCUUUGGCAUGCGCGUGGUUGGCGGCAAAACCGGCACCGACGGGCGGCUCUUUGCCUACAUUGUCUGGACAGUGCCUGGCGGGCCGGCUGAGAAAAAUGGCCUACAGCAGGGCGACAAGAUACUCGAGUGGAACGGCAUGUCGCUAAUCGAUCGCAGCUUUGAGGAGGUCUGCUCCAUUAUGGAUCGCACAGGUGACAUUGUCGAGCUGCUGGUGGAACAUGCCACAGAUUUUCGCAUGUGCGAUCUGUUCGAUGAGAAUCUGCCGCCCGGCAAUAGUGGCGGCCAGAGUGGACCAAGGCGCUCCGGCGAUGGUCCUGUAGGACUGGGACUUAUAGCGGACCCCGAAAUCAACACAGACAAAUCACCAGCAUCGCCAACUAGACGGAAAUUACCAAAAACUCCGGAGCAAAUUGCACGGGAGAAAAUGGUCAGCGGCCGUGUCCAAAUACAGGUUUGGUAUCAUGCGGAACGCACCGAAUUGGUCGUAUCCCUAAUGGCUGGCGAUGAUCUAGCAUUACGCGAUGAGGCAUACGGGCAUGGCAAUCUGCCGGAAGCAUAUGCCAAAGUUCGCAUAUUGCCCAAGUGCGGCGACGGCAGCGUGCAGCAAACGGAGGUCAGUCGGCCCACUCAGAAUCCCAUUUGGAAUGCAACCUUGACCUUUGCCCAUGUGAAGGCCGACAGCUUGAUGGAUCGCUAUAUAGACAUACAAUUGUGGGAUCUGGUGCCGCAUACAGAGUCCAUAUUUCUGGGCGAAUGCAACAUUGAGCUGCAGCAGGCAUUUCUCGAUGACCAGGCCAUCUGGUGUCGUCUGGAGGACCCAAAGGGGCUGCGUGGCAUUAGCAUCAGCAAGUCGCCAAGCGUCUCGCCACGAGGCUCCAUUGCUGCGGGUGCUGGCCAUUGUGGCGAUAUGGCACGUUUGCUGCGUCGGGAUUACAAUAUGCAGCGCUCCAUAUCGGAUGAUGUUGAUUCGAUAGGGGACGGUGCAUCAUUGCUACAUCCGGAUCAUGCUUGGAUAGCGGGCUCGCGACGCGGCUCAUCGCAAUCAGAGACAUUGGAAGUCGAGGUAUAUCAGUUGGGUAAGGACUUCUCGCGCUCAUUGCCGGGCUCGCGUCGUUCAAGUUUUCAGGAUGCCGAAAAGAAUCGGCUGGAGGAGGAUGCCAUGGCCACGCCACCCACAUCAUAUCUUGUGGGCCGGCGUCGCUCCUCAGUUGCACGACGCGAUCCGGAUGAGAUCUUGAAGUCCUUAAAAGCUGUACGCGGCGAGCUGGGACGCACAAUGAGCCUGGGCACCGAGCAGAACAAGCGCAUGGGUUCGCGACGUGCCAGCCGUGCCGGCCUGCCGAGUGGUCCCAACAGUCGCAAAAGCUCCAUACUGGAUCUGUCGCAGCAGCAACAGCAGCAGCAACUGCAACAACUGCAACUGCAAAACCUGCAGCUGCAACAACAGCAACAUCUGCCGAUUGGCAUUGGCACAACGGAGACCAGUCCACCGUCCGAUGAUGAGGACAAGCGCUAUCGUCCACGCUGGAAGGGCUCGGGCACACAGCUGCCACCGCAGAGCGCCAAGCAGGCAUUGUCCAGGCUAAAGCAAGCCGCCUCCGUCUCGAAUGUGGCACAGGAAAAGCAGAGCCAGCUGUUGGGCAGCGGCCUGGGAGACAGCAGCCAGCAGCAGACGCUGCGCAAGGGCAGCAUGGUCAAUUUGCGUGGACAGGAUACACUCAACGCAGGCGGACAGCUGCAGCAGCAGCGCAAGGCUAGCAUGUUUCAGUUGGGCGAGGGGCACGCCCCGCAAUCGCAGUCGCUGUCGCAGUCGCAUUCGCUGCAGCGCAAGGGCAGCGUCUAUGUGCCCUCCGCCAGCGAUACGCCCCCCAUGGGCACGCCCACACGCAAAGGCAGCAUCUAUCAGCGGACCAGCACGGAGAGCGGCGACAGUCCACAGAGAAAGGGCAGCAUCUAUCAACGCACCAGCACGGACAGCGGCGACAGCCCACAGAGGAAGCAGAGCGUGGUGAAAACCCUCAGCGGCAGCUAUGUCAACGUCGCGGCCAUCACUGGCAGCGAGUCCAGCUAUGGCCUCAAGUUGGGCCCCUCCCAGAUACAUCCCAAGGGCUAUCGCCUGACCACGGCGCGUUAUGGCGAGCUCAAAAUGGGAUUUGUGAAAAUUAAAGGCAACGUCGAGGUGGAGCUGAUUUGUGCACGAAACAUUGUCAACGCGGACUGCGAGACGCCGCCGGACACCUACGUCAAAUGCUACAUCAAAGAUGGCGAACGUUUGCGGCACAAGAAGAAGACGCGCGUGGUGCGGCAUGCCGCAGAGCCAAUCUACAAGCAGACCAUCAAAUACCAGAGUGCGGAUGUCUUUGGCCGGAACAUUGUCAUAAUGGUGUGGCAACGAUGUGUGGGCUUCGAGCACAAUCAGGGCCUGGGCGGCACGGAGGUGAAUCUGGACAAAGUGAACAUUGGACAGCACAUCAGCGGCUGGUACCCGCUGUUCCCCAUGCACAGCUACGGCGGCUCGGAUUCGGAUAAUUCCCCUUGACCGAACACGGGAGCGCGCGCGACAACCGAAACAAUAAAAUUGAAAUGCAUAACACCAAUAUUUAAUGAUAUGCUAUUGCUUAAAGUAAACGCUCAAUUUGUUAGUACUUAAGCUGGGCCAUCCGAACAUUUGUUGUUUAAUCGAAGUUAUAAUCCCAAGCCAAUCCCCAACAAUUCCCACAUAUAUACAUUUAUAUAUAUCUAUGUAUGUCCCCAAAAUAGUUUUAGUAGUUAAAUGAGCUUGACAGCGUUUUUGGUGAGAGAGCUUUGUAGGUACAGUAAGGCAACACUACGGCAAACAAUUGCAGGCACAAUAAUUGAGAAAUCAGAGUACCAGAUCGAACAGACAGACAUAUAGAAAUACAUAUUAUACAAGAAAUCAAAACAAAAGAAAACAAAACAAAAAAUGAAUGAUAUAUAUAUAUUUUUGCUUGUUGUUGUUGUGUUUGUGAGUGUUUAAUGCAUGUUGUGUUUGUGCCACGCGCAGGCAAAGGCAAAAAUCCAAUAAAACAAAUUGAAAAUCAACAAUAAAGUCGUAAAAUGCAAGGCAACGAAAAGGCAAGUAAAUCGAAAGCAUACGCUACAGGAAACCUAAAGUACACUAACCUUUAUUAACAAAUAUAUUCAACUAAAUGUUUGCUAAAUGUUAAUCACUUUUCAAAGUCAGAGCUGAGUAAACCCGUGAAGGUUUCAAACUGCAGGCCACACGAAUCAAAUGCAAAACUAAACACUAAACUUUCUCAGUGUAUAAAAUAUAAAAGAAAAAAACACUCAAACGAUAUCAAGUGGAAAAAAAAACAUAUACAACUAAAUUAAUAUGACAAUCUUCUUGUGUAUGUGUGUGCGUGAGCGUGAGUGUGUGUGUGCGUGAGCGAGUAAAGCGUGAUUAAGACGAAUUUACUGUAGUCAUUUUUUCGGUAGUCAGUGUGGUAGGCGCAACACAACAUUUAAAGCAAUUUGCUUAAACGAAAUCCUCAACUUCCUUCGUGCCCCGCUUGGUAGCCCCCAUUUGUAUCUUCCCAGAACUUGCAGCUUCACAUUCGACUUUCGACAGGACAAUCUCUUGUAAUGAAAUACUAGGAAACAAAAAGAUUGAACAAAAAAAAACACUUCUUUUUUUAGUGGGCUUGCAAACAAAACCAACGUUCAACUUAUCGACUUGGAGUUUCAAACUUGGCAAACAUUAUAUAAAAAACGAAAAGAAAAAAUUAUCUAAAAAAUAUUUAAUAACUAGCAUAAACUGGUGUCAUAUUAUCAAUACAAAACUAGAGUACAUUUAAGCUUUGAUGAAAAUCUUCAACUUUUUACUCUCUACUAACUGAAAGCCUCUUGCAAAAAAAAAACUCGACUAUUUCUACAAGUGCGACAACUUUUUACCGUUAGUUAGCAAAAGGACUUCAAACAAUUUCACGUGGUACUAAAGAAAAAACUAUCAAAAUUCUAUAUACUCUACUACUCCUAAGAAUUCGUUAUAUAUUGUUUUUGUUUUCGAAACCCCCUAAUUGCUAAGUUUAAGAAAUAAUCUCUUUGUCAUUGUACAACUGCUUAAGUAACAUGUGCAUAUAUACGUACAUAUGUAAUUUGUCCAGGUAGCCAGGGUAAAACCUUCGAGUGGUAUCGGAAAUAAAAAAACAUUUCAGUUUAAAUAAAUAUUAAAUACUCUUUACAUUUUGGCUGUUGACCUUAGCUCGAGAAAAAUAGUGUUGUAAGACGAAAGAGCGUCAAAACGAAAUGAAAUGAAUCGAAACGAAAUGAAACGAAACGAAAGGAAAACUAAAAAUUGGUUGUGCUUUGAGAAAUCUAUUGUAAUCAUUGUUGAAAAUCUAUUUUCUAUAAUGGCUGUAAAAGCCUUAAGAUAUUUUCAGCUAAACUUAAGUAUCUUAAUACUAACUAUUGCUGUAACUGAAACUUAAGUCUAUUUGAUCAACUUUGUACGAUCUGUACUUUAAUUAUUAAACCUAUUAUACCUAUUACAUGUUGUUAAUUGUAAUUGAAAGUACUCUGAAAAGAAAAACACUGUAAAAAUAACACCAUAUCAACGUGUAGCGUUGAGGACAAGGAUUAGCAAGGAUUAAGGACAGCGCUUUAAAAGUGCAGAGUGUGUGUAGCAUGGCUUACGAUUAUAGAAAAAGGAAAACCUAUAUUUAACAAUUUGUUAAACAUUAGUAAUUACUUGCAUUAAACUAUUAAAUACAAUAUAUAUAGACAGAUGUGAACAAUAUGAACGUACAUAUAUACGGAUAUAUAUACAUAUAUUAUAAUUAAAUGUAGCAAAACCCAAGAC